GGAUCGACACCACCGAGACUUAGAAGGCCGUAUCACUCCCCUCGCUACGUCAUCUUACGUCACGAUGAGGAGACCUCUUGCGACUCGUAGCCUUGACCUUUGACUGAUAUGUUCACGAGCUCUCAGUAGUCUUGGUGUGACCGUUCGCCAUUGCUGUAUUUUUGUAUCUCCUGUAGAAAACGUUUUUCUCUUCCUUUUGUUUUACGCUUACGUUUUGGAUUAAACACACAUCAUGCCAGCUAGAUGUUGCGUCCCUGGAUGUAAAGAAAACUACAAAGGACAGCCCAAAGUGUCAAUUUUUCGUUUCCCGAGGGAUCCAGAUCUUCGAAAGAAAUGGAUAAUGGCGAUCCAUCGAAAAAACUUCCAGCCUACGAAAGCUUCUAGGGUGUGUGAGCUUCAUUUUGCUGCAUGUGACAUCGAAAGAGUUUCAGAAAUCUACGAUGAAAGAACUGGCAGAAAAGUGACAGCAGUUUUACAGCAUCCUCGUCUAGCAUGCAGUGCUGUUCCUGGAAAAAUUGGCCCACCAGCGGCCGAGCGGUAAAGACGCUGAACACUGGUAGUUCGGUCUGAGGUUCGAAUCCCGCGAACGGGCUGGCUGCAUGGGCGUUUUCGUGGUUUUCCCCAUGUGUAACGUGUAUACGAGCCAGUUUCCCUUAGAAAGUCCUCCACGAAAGGCAUCCCUCCCUUUAGGCAGAUAGCCCUCGUGUGCUUUGCCAUAAUUAAAUACACCACCACACACCUGGAAAAAUUGAAAUCAGAAGUUUUGAUACAGAUAAUAUUGACCUCAUUAAUACUGACAAGAAUUUUAUUAGUGCCUUCUGUACGUUACAAGUAACUCAAAAUGAACUGGAUUCUAUUAAUGUAAUGCCACUCAUAACAUAUCUCGCUGGAUAUUGCGUAUAUAGAU